AUGCUUAUCGAAUUGAAUCCUGUACUUCUUAGCAUGGUUUCUUUUAUUAGUUAAAGUACGUAGAAUUAAAGAAUAAAUUUAACUAAAAGUAAUUAAUUCCUUAAUAUCUGCUUGCUUUUCAUUUUGUAAGUUCAUUCUUCCUUAUAUUUAUAAAAAUUUAAGUUAAAUUUCCCUUAGAUUUUGGAAAUUUUCAAAUUCACAAAUCCGGGGGGGGUACCUACUGCCCGAAUAUAGUAGGGUCCUCUUACCCUACGGCCGGAAUACGAAUCUCUAUCCGUUUAUGGGAUGUUAAGACAGGAUAAUAAAAAGCCAAAUUAGAUGGUCAUUCAUAUGUCAGUUAAUUCAAUUUGUUACUCUCUUGAUGGUACUACAUUAGCAUCUGGUAGCGCAGAUAACUCUAUCCGCUUAUGGGAUGUUGAGACAGGAUAAUAAAAAGCCAAAUUAGAUGGUCAUUCAGAUUGUGUAAGAACAAUUUGUUACUCUCCUGAUGGUACUACAUUAGCAUCUGGUAGUUUAGGUAACUCUAUCCGUUUAUGGGAUGUUAAGACAGGAUAAUAAAACGCCAAAUUAGAUGGGCAUCCAUCAACAGUUUAUUCAGUCGAUUUCUCCCCUGAUGGAAAUACAUUAGUUUCUGGUAGUUAUGAUAACUCUAUCCGUCUUUGGAAUGUACAAACAUCAAAGGAAAUACUUCAAUCAAACAAUAGUUAUAAAGAUUUGCUUGCCUAGUUUAACAUUCCACUUUAGAAUAGUUCCUUAUUGCCAAAUGGUAUUUAUUAUUAAUUAUUAUUUAGUUAAUCCUUAUUGUACUAUCCUUAAAAUCUGUUAGAUUCCUUUGUUAGAAGCAUCAGGGACACUUAUCCUAUAAGGACAGUUCAUUAAUCAUUAAGGGAAAGAUUUAAAACCUUUGUUUAAAUCCAAAGGAAGUUGCUUUUUAGAAGACUUAAAGCAAAAGUGA